AAUACGUUAAUAAUAGGUAUUAUAAAAAUUAGUUUUAGCCUAGGUAAGGAAAUCGUUACCCUAAGUAUAAUAAAAAUAGAGACGUAUUUUAAAACAAUAAUAUUUUAUAUCUUAUUUAUUAAUACCCUAUUUUUCUUAUAUUUAAAAAAUAUAGAUUAA